CCGCACCGCGGCCCGCAGCGCUGCCCGCCGAGCAGCCGCCUCCGCCGCCUGCCCCGAGCUCCGCCCGCGCGCCGGCCUCCCUCAAGCCCACCGGGGCGCGCGGCCGCCGCUUCCGGCCCGCGCAAUACCCUCCACCACUCCGCGGUAGGCGGGGAGAAGGAGAGGAAAGGUGGAAGGGCAACGGACGGCACCACCGCGAGGCUGCCGGGGGGUGCAGUCCUCCUCCCCCUCUCCCUGAGCGGGCGGUGGGCUCUCCCGGCCUGCUCGCGCCGCCUGCUGCCCAUUGCCCUUGGUGUGGCCGCUGCGCGGGGCCCGGCGGCAGCUAGGAACGCAGCCAUGGUGAAUUUUGCCCAAGCUCUGCGUGAUCACUGGGUUCACAUCCUUGUUCCCUUAGGAUUUGUGGUUGGAUGCUAUCUGGACAGAGUGAAUGAUGAAAAACUAGCUGCCUUCAGAAACAAGAGCUUAUUAUAUAGAAGGGAGUUGAAGCCUGGUGAAGAAACUACAUGGAAAUAAAGGCUGCAGAUGAAAUAGGGAACUUUUUUUUUUUUUUUUGAUUUAUCAUCUUAUCUCACUCGUUGCAAUAAUUGGGUUAUGGGUUUUACCUUGGGAGAAUACGUGAAGUAUGAAGAAGGACAACUGCAAUUCAUCUGUGCUAGCUUAAUUUUCAAUCUGACCUUUCAGAAGAUGUUUUAAUUACAUGACUAAUACAUGUCCAGGAGUUCUCUUAGUCCAUAAAUAUUGAGAAGCAUUUGACCUCAGAAGUCGUACUCUGGAGGGGAAAGGAAGAACUGCAUAAUAAAGAAAAACUAUGCAAAAACUA